UCAUUUGUUCUGCUAUUGUUAUUGCUCGUGGGACGCUAGUGAGUAAACAAGCAGAAUUACGCAUCGAUAAUCCUAGGCAUACUCUGUCACCAACAGCACAACCGAUUGGUGCGAGCGGUCUCGGCGUGUGUUAUGGAGGGUUCUGCUGAGAAGGCAGCGGACGUUGAGUCCAUAAGAGAAGACAUUGGCUCAAGCGUUGAUCCCCAAUCAUCACCGACAAGCGACAACGAAAAGACCAUCAAAAAAGAAGUUAAAACCGCGAUAAAAUCACAGCCAUAUACAGCAGCCGAGACUAAAAUUGAUGCCAGACAGAAGUCGGUCGAUAUCGACGAGGAUGUGGAAUUGUCAGAAUCCAGCAGUCAGGUGACAGUCGUCGACGUCACAGAGCUCAAUUCACAAUUGACUUCCGACGCAGACAUUUAUUCUGAAGUCUUCGAUGAAAGUAAAACAUUAAAUGAUGUUGCAGAUAAUCUCGGAGAAAAGGAGGAGGCAACGAUUAUGAGUGAUAUAUCUUCUGAUGAAGAAGAAGGGGACGAGUUUGAUGACGGUGAUAUAAAUGAGAUAUUAGGGAAUGAUGACACUGAGGAACCAGUUGAAUACGAAUCGGCCAUUUGCGUGGACGACGUCAGACAGAGCGAACUCAAAACCAUUGCCCGUUUUUAUGAGCGGGAGGUCGAAUAUGAUGAAGAACCGCUUGAAAUCGAACCGUCUGCGAAGCAACAUACUGACGAAGAGUAUGCAGACGAUUACCAUAAAAUACGUCAUUUAAUGCCUGUGGAGAAUAUCAAAACGGAGGACGAUGGGUUAUAUGAAAAGUUUAAUAGGCUUGAAGAUUUACAAGAAAAUGACGUUGAAGAGGAUGGUGACGAUGACGAUGAUAAUUAUGACGACGAUGAUACUGAUGAUGAAGAUGAUGACGAUGAUGAUGAGGAUGACGAUGAUGAUGAUAGUGAUGAUCAUGACGAAAAGAAAGACGACGACUAUGAGUUUGAUGAAACUGAGAACAAAGUAAGGGAUAAUAGGUUCGUAAAAAUUGAAGAAACACAGGAAAUUAGGACAGUCAAAGAAGUAGAGAUGAUUAAAGACGAAACGCAGAUGGUCGAUAAACUCAAAACCGAAGAGGGUAUUAUCAAGACGGCCACAGUAGUACAUGAUCACCAUGCAGGGUCUGGGGACAGUCAGGAAAAACAAUUUGAAAACCAAAAUUAUAAUUUAGAUUCAGAGAAUAAACGCUCUGACACUAUGAACAACAAUCAGCCUGCCGAAAUACUUAAUGCAAAAACGGAAAAUAUGCAAAAUUUUAGCACAAAAGACACUGUACGUAAAGGAACCGAAAGCAGAUUUAAGGAACGCGAGGACAUAAUUUCUAUGUUAGAUACUACUGCCAAAUAUACUGAUAAUACAACCAAGGGUAGGUGGAAACAGCGCCAGGAAGAAGAUGAGGAAAUACAAAAAUAUGAUGACAAUGAACAGACAAUAAUUAACGACGAAGACAACUAUUCAGAUGAGCUGGACGUUAGUCAGGGAUUUGUUGUCUUAUGGCACCGCUCCGAUGGAGAGGAGGAAGGGGAAGAUGAUAACGAUGAGAAACAUUGGUUAAAUAGCAAACCCCCCAGACAGUUGAGGUCAAACCCCGCUAUGAAUACUUCCAAGCAUGUUGAGAAUCUACUUUACUGCUCCAUGUGCCGUAAUCGCAUGAAGCAGCCAAAGUCGUUGCCCUGUCUUCACUCCUUCUGCCGCGAAUGCCUCCAACAGCAUGUCAAGAAGAGCGAUGGGCGACUGAUUUGCCCACAGUGCCGGAAAGACUGCCCUCUAUCGACUGAUGGCGUUGAUGGACUUCUCGAUAGCCACUUCAUUCACAACCUUUCCGAAUUCGUUGAGCAAGGAGGAACUGCCAAAGAUGCUGUUCCAAACUGUGAUGGAUGUGAUAGAGAUGCCAAUGACCGAUGUCUUGACUGUCCCUGUCCUCUUUGUCCUGAGUGCUCCAAGAUGCACAAGAGAAUGCGUGGUACAAAAACUCAUCGUAUCAUCUCCCUGAAGGAAUACAACAGUCUCUCCGACCGUGAGAAGAUCAUGAUGCAGCCGACAAGUUGCCCGUACCAUCCAAGGUGCGAGCUGGAAUUCUUCUGCACCGUCUGUGAAGUGCCAAUUUGUAUGAAAUGUGCCGUAUGCGGCCACGAAGACCACAAACGUAUGAACCUGGUAGAUGUGUACGAGAAGCAGGCCAUGGAGAUUGACAGCCUCCGUAACAAGUUAGCUGAAAGGCUCAAGUCUUUUGAAGAGGUAGCUGGGCGUACUCGUGCCGUAGCUGAAACCUUAGAAAAGGAGGAGAAGGGCGUGGAAUCUCAAAUCGUUGACCACGCAGAACGAAUGCAUGAGGCAAUUGACAAACGCAAGGAGGAACUUAUCAGAGAGUUGAAGAUGAAGUCAAAAUCGAAGAAGGAUAUUUUACGCCGCCAAGUAAACAAUUACGGUGAGGUGAUGCACAGUCUCCAUGAUACAUAUGAAAAGACGGGUCACUUGCUGGUGUAUGGAAAUCGCAGUGAUGUUGUGUUUGCAAAGAAAAGUGCUCUGCAACGUAUUAUUGAGCAACUGGAUGUUCCACUGAAGAGUCAACCUGAGGAAAACAGCUUCAUUGGCUUUAAAUCUGUCACCAAUGAAAAUGUAAAGCUGAAGCUUGGAAAUGUUCUUACAACACCAGCUGUUGCCUUCCAGUCUCGUUUGGAGAGAGCAAGUGGUUCAUAUCCUCUUAUCGGAACCGAGCAGUUGUUCGUGGUCCGCUCUGUAGGUCAUGAUGGAAUGGAUGUCAAACAAGGCGGUGCGCCAGUUGUGGCUGAACUCUCCCGACCUGGUACCAAGGGAGUUGCUCUGGUUGAUUCAGUCGACAAUGGUGAUGGCAACUAUGUUAUAUCGUUCCAUCCCGAUACACCAGGCCGAUACCGGCUGGAUGCUAAAUUGUUUGAUGAAUCAACACGGGACUCGCCGAUGGAAUUUGAAGUGAAGAGCCGAUGGGAUGUAGCCAUGACUUAUGCACAAGACAUGAAACAACCUCAUGAUGUUACAAAAGCUUGGGAUGAUACCUACGCCAUCGCCGACUACGGUAACAACCGAAUCCUCAUCCGUGAUAUUGCUGGCAAGUUCUAUGAUCAGAUUACGUUUGCCGGUCUUGAUAAACCAUUCUGCCCUAUCAGUUUGGCUACAACACCAAAUAACGAGAUUGUCUGUUCUGACUACAAUAACCAUCAGAUCUUCGUCACCAGGAUGGAUCGUAGUUUGCGACUGCGAUUUGGCAGCAAUGACUUAUCUCGUCCUCUUGGUGUAGCUGCUUUUGAAUCCGGUAAGUUUGCAGUCGGAGAUGGCCAAACCAUUAAAUUGUUUGGCAAUGGAGGUGAGCUGUUGAAGACGGUUGGCCGCCGUGGUCAAGGUGAUGCAGAGUUCAGUAAUCCUUGGUUUAUUGCUACAUCGUCUAAGAACUUCAUGGCCGUCGCUGAUGAAGGAAAUGGAAGAAUCCAAUUGUUGGAUGCGGAAGGACGAUUUAUCAGAGCAUUUAAGGUCAUGCCUAGUGGUGGACAGGCCCUGAACCCACGUGGUGUCUUUAUGGAUGAAAGCGACAACAUCUUCGUUAGUGCCACGACAUCGGUUCUUAUGUACAGCAACGAUGGCAAGCUGAUCUGCCGUGUGAAUGGUGAGGACAGCAAGAUGAAGUCACCAUGUGGUAUCACGAUGUUGAAGGCUGCCAUGGGAAACUCUCCAGUUCUCCUGGUGGCUGAUCGAUCUGACCAGUGUAUCAAAGGAUUCAGAGUCUAAAUCUGGAUGUCGUGAUCUGCCGAGUGAUUUUGAAGAUGGUUUGGCACCAUUAAGAAACAUAGUAAUAAGGGAUUGAGUGCCAACAAAUAGAGUUCAGGAAGUAUCAAACAGCUUACCUGAUCCCAUUGACAAUGAUAGGAAGUUCUACGUACAAAGCAUGGCAAUAGUAGCCGAUACAAUAUACAAACCUUGUUGUAUUAAGAGAGUGAGCAGGAAAAAGUUGCUUUUGGUCAUGUUACUUUUGGUCAUGUUACUAAAUGCAAGAUAGAUUGUAUUAAUCAUUUCCUUCUUCCAACUCGUAGAAAAAUAGGAGUAUGUCUGAUGGUGGAAGAAAUGUCAUUCCACAAAAGUUACAGAACCAAAACUAUUUUUACUGUAAAUUUUUUAAAUAAAAAAUAAAUUGUAAUGAAUUUCCAAUCACCAUCAAAUUAAAGUACUAUUAGGCUGAACACUGCUUCAAAAAGCUAUUUUACAUCUGUAAGCUAAGUAAAUCUAUUUAACCUAUUUAUAAGAUAUAUACACUUUAAUUUGCUCAUAAUGCUAUUUCCUCUCUAGUACAAGUUUAUAUUUAUUUUUUAGCUAUAGAUUGUAGUGUCUACUAGUUGGCUAAAGUGUUACUGAAUUUAUAUUUAAAAAAAGCUUCUAAAAGUUGGGCUUCACUCUACAUAAUUUUUGUGUAUAAAUUAUUGGAGCACCAUUCCUUAUUUUAUAUCUAUGUAUUUAAGUUUUCUAUGUACUGUAUCAUACUCUGAACAUGUUCUUGCAAGGGGACCAUUAAUUGAUGUGAGGGGAAUUUAAUGAACCCUAGACAUGGCAAAGUUCAUUGUCAUCAUAGUUUUAAUUUUAUGGGUUAAUUAAUAAAUGUAAAUUGAUUUUGAUUAUUAAAGACUUAAAUUAAAUCAAUGAAAUGUGUAAAUAUGACGAUUAAAUAAACGUAUAUUUUGGUAUGUAAGACGAUACGAAUGCUUCAUUCCAAAAAUGAAAACCUCAUAUUUUGAUAUAACUUUUAUUGUAUGCACCUUUAGAGAAAAAAAAAACGAAAACCAAGAAGGCAUUCACGUCCAUCAGUCAACACCUUGAGAAAUUUUAGUUAUUGUAUAAAUACGGUGCUGACUUUCUCAUUAAAUACAGUAAUUAGUAUAUAGUUAUUAUAUAGCAUCAACUUAUAUUAUUGAUCGUAUUAAUGGAAAGGGUUUUAUAUAUUGUCUGCAGUUUUACUUGGUGGAGGGACAUGAUCUUUAUUAACUCAACACUUGUUCCUCUAUGCCAAAUAUAUUUCAAACCGGAAGUAUUCCAUUAAGCAGUGAAUGAGGACGAUUAUUGUCAUCAUGGAAGAAAGAUUCAUAUUGCUAUGGAGUUAUUUUAACGCACAAACUUUGUACGUGUGGGAAAAUUGUACAGUACUGUUUUCCGUAUGAAUAUCUGGAUUUAAAUGCUGUAGUUUUAGAGAUUAUGAUUUUAUACAUGAUAGAAAAAUUUAACUCGCAAAAAAACCAACAUUGAUACUGAUAGAUUACUGAGCUAUUUUUGUAUCGCCAGCUUCCCGGAUUGUCAAUCAAAAUAGCGCCGUGAAUACGCGCGCGUGUGUCGUUUUAUGGGACCUUAGCAACAAUAUCCAAAGGGUGGGUGGGGCUGGCUUAGGGGAAAGGUCAAUUUCAUGUUGGUUCUACUUGAAAAUGAGUCUUAGCAAUUUUUUUCAUGUAUUUUCUUAGUGUUGAAAAAAAAGUCAAUGUCGGAAAUGUUUCAUUCCGUGUACUCUUUUAUAUACAAUCAUGAUGUAGUUUACUUUCUCAUCUUGAAUGAGAAUACUGUACAUGUAAAGUUUUUCCCGUUUAAAACGUUGAAUAAAUGUUAAAUUUGAAGGAAAGUA